AUGGCCGAACCCCUGAAGGAGGAAGAAGGCGAGGACGGCUCUGGGGAGCCGCCCGGGCCGGUGAAGGCGGAACCCACCAACACCGCUGCCUGUGUAGCGGCCAAGAACCUGGCCCUGCUGAAAGCGCGCUCCUUCGAUGUGACCUUUGACGUGGGGGACGAGUACGAGAUCAUUGAGACCAUAGGCAACGGGGCCUAUGGGGUGGUGUCCUCAGCGCGCCGACGUCUCACCGGCCAGCAGGUGGCCAUUAAGAAGAUCCCUAAUGCUUUUGACGUGGUUACCAAUGCCAAGCGGACCCUCAGGGAGCUGAAGAUCCUCAAACACUUCAAGCACGACAACAUCAUCGCCAUCAAGGACAUCUUGAGGCCCACGGUGCCCUACGGGGAGUUCAAAUCUGUCUACGUGGUCCUGGACCUGAUGGAGAGCGACCUGCACCAGAUCAUCCAUUCUUCCCAGCCACUCACUCUGGAGCACGUGCGCUACUUCCUGUACCAGCUGCUUCGGGGCCUCAAGUACAUGCACUCGGCCCAGGUCAUCCACCGCGACCUCAAGCCCUCCAACCUGUUGGUGAAUGAGAAUUGUGAGCUCAAGAUCGGUGACUUCGGCAUGGCCCGCGGCCUGUGCACCUCGCCGGCUGAGCACCAGUACUUUAUGACUGAGUAUGUGGCCACGCGCUGGUACCGUGCUCCUGAGCUCAUGCUCUCACUGCACGAGUACACACAGGCCAUCGACCUGUGGUCUGUGGGCUGCAUCUUUGGUGAGAUGCUGGCCCGGCGCCAGCUCUUCCCAGGCAAAAAUUAUGUGCACCAACUGCAGUUGAUCAUGAUGGUGCUGGGUACUCCAUCGCCGGCCGUGAUUCAGGCCGUCGGGGCUGAGAGGGUGCGGGCCUAUAUCCAGAGCCUGCCGCCACGUCAGCCCGUGCCCUGGGAGACAGUGUACCCAGGCGCUGACCGCCAGGCCCUCUCACUGUUGGGGCGCAUGCUGCGUUUUGAGCCCAGCGCCCGCAUCUCCGCAGCUGCUGCCCUUCGCCACCCCUUCCUGGCCAAGUACCACGAUCCUGAUGAUGAGCCCGACUGUGCCCCGCCUUUUGAUUUCGCCUUUGACCGUGAAGCCCUCACCCGGGAGCGCAUUAAAGAGGCCAUCGUGGCUGAGAUUGAGGACUUCCACGCGCGACGCGAGGGCAUCCGCCAGCAGAUCCGCUUCCAGCCUUCCCUGCAGCCUGUGGCCAGUGAGCCUGGCUGCCCCGACGUUGAGAUGCCCAGCCCCUGGGCUCCCAGCGGGGACUGUGCCAUGGAGUCCCCUCCGCCAGCCCCGCCGCCGUGUCCUGGCCCUGCACCUGACACUAUCGAUCUGACCCUGCAGCCACCCCUGCCCGCCAGUGAACCAGCCCCUCCGAAGAAAGAGGGCGCCAUCUCAGACAACACCAAGGCGGCCCUCAAAGCUGCCCUGCUCAAGUCCUUGCGGAGCCGACUCCGAGAUGGCCCCAGUGCUCCUCUGGAAGCUCCUGAGCCUCGGAAGCCGGUGACAGCCCAGGAGCGCCAGCGGGAGCGGGAGGAGAAGCGGCGGAGGCGGCAGGAGCGAGCCAAGGAGCGGGAGAAGCGGCGGCAGGAGCGGGAACGCAAGGAGCGGGGGGCCGGGGCCUCUGGGGGUCCCUCCACUGAUCCCCUGGCUGGGCUGGUGCUCAGUGACAAUGAUCGCAGCCUGUUGGAGCGCUGGACUCGCAUGGCCCGGCCCCCAGCCCCCACACCGGCCCCGGCCCACGCCCCAGUCCCGGCCCCCACCCCAGCCCAGCCCACCAAGGUGGCUGGAGCUCCAGCCAUCGUGCCCGGCAACAGGGCAAACGGCAGGAAGACGGAGUAG